CUUUAUAACAGUCCUACAAUACUGUAGGCAUUAAAACAGACGUAAUAUUAAUAUCCUCUGUGUUAUUUCUUCAUUCAGAUGAGCUUGCUGUGAUUUGCCAACGUGAACUCAAAUCUAAUCUAAAGAAGAAGUUUCAAUGUGUAUUUGAGGGGAUCGCUAAACAAGGAAACCCAACACUUCUCAAUAAGAUCUACACAGAGCUCUACAUCACAGAGGGUGGAACAGGAGAUGUCAAUAAUGAACAUGAGCUGAGACAGAUUGAGACAACAACCAGGAAACAAGCAAGACCAGAGACUCCAAUCAAAUGUAACGACAUCUUCAAACCCUUAACUGGACAAGACAAACGUAUCAGAACUGUGUUGACAAAGGGAGUCGCUGGCAUUGGAAAAACAGUCUCUGUCCAGAAGUUCAUUCUGGAUUGGGCUGAAGGAAAAGCAAAUCAGGAUGUCCAAUUUGUAUUUUCAUUCCCUUUCCGGGAGCUGAAUUUGAUGAAAGAGGACAAAUACACUUUAAUCAAACUUCUUAAUCACUUCUCAAAGGAAACCAAAGAAUCAAGAAUCUCCAACUAUGACAAGUACAAAGUUCUGUUCAUCUUUGAUGGUCUGGAUGAGUGCCGACUGCCCCUAGACUUCCAGAAGAACAAGAUCUGUUGUGACGUCACAGAGUCAACCUCAGUGGAUGUUCUGCUGACAAAUCUCAUCAAGGGAAAUCUGCUUCCCUCUGCUCUCCUUUGGAUAACUACCCGACCUGCAGCAGCCAAUAAGAUCCCUUCAGGGUGUGUUGACCUGGUGACAGAGGUACGAGGGUUCAAUGACGCACAGAAGGAGGAGUACUUUAGGAAGAGAUUCAGUGAUGAGGACAUGGCCAGCAAUAUCAUCUCACACAUAAAGACAUCAAGGAGCCUCCACAUCAUGUGCCACGUUCCAGUCUUCUGUUGGAUUUCUGCAACAGUCUUUGAACACAUGCUGAAACAUAAGAGAGAAGAGAUGCCCAAGACUCUGACUGAGAUGUACACACUCCUUGUGGAGUUUCAUACCAAACAGAAGAAUGAAAAGUAUCUUGGGAAAGAAGAGACAGGUCCACACUGGAAUAAAGAGAGCAUUCUGUCACUGGGAAAACUGGCUUUUCAACAGCUUGUGAAGGGCAAUCUGAUUUUCUAUGAAGAAGACCUGAAGGAGGCUGGCAUUGAUGUCAAUGAAGCCUCAGUGUACUCAGGAUUGUGCACACAGCUCUUUAAAGAGGAAUGUGGGCUGUACCAGGACAUGGUUUACUGCUUUGUUCAUCUGAGCAUUCAGGAGUUUCUGGCUGCUGUAUAUGUGUUCCUCUCAUUCAUCAACAACAAUGAGAAUCUAAUGGAUGAUCCUCAAUCAAUGUUCAGAUACUUUUUGUCACUCUUCAGACACAAGGUUGAAGUUACUGAAGUUACUGUCUACAAGAGUGCUGUGGAUAAAUCUUUACAAAGUGAGACGGGAAACCUGGACCUUUUCCUCCGCUUCCUUCUGGGCCUCUCACUGGAGUCCAAUCAGAAGCACUUACGAGGUCUACUGACAAAGACAAGCAGCUCACAGACCCAUGAAGAAACAGUCAAGUACAUCAAGGAGAAGAUCAGGGAGAAUCCCUCUCCAGAGAGGAGCAUCAAUCUGUUCCACUGUCUGAAUGAACUGAAUGACCAUUCUCUAGUGGAGGAGAUCCAAAGUUUCCUGAGCUCAGGAAGUCUCUCAAAACCCAACCUGUCACCUGCACAGUGGUCAGCUCUGGUCUUUGUGUUGCUGACUUCAGAAAAGGAGCUGGAUGUGUUUGACCUGAAGAAAUACUCCAGAUCAGAGGAAGGUCUUCUGAGGCUGAUGCCAGUGGUCAAAGCCUCCAGAGCUGUUCUGCUGUCAGGCUGUGGAGUCACAGAGGAAGGCUGUGCUUCUCUGGUCUCAGCUCUGAGGUCAAACCCCUCACACCUGAGAGAGCUGGACCUGAGUAACAAUGACCUGAAGGAUUCAGGAGUGAAGCUGCUCUCUGCUGGACUGGGGAAUCCCCACUGUAAACUGGAGACUCUGAGGUCAGUAUUCCUGUAGUUGGUCAACAAGUGAUAACUGUUCACCAGAUCCACAUGUGUUUACCAGACACACAUAGUCCACACCAUAUGUGUUUGGACAGUGAAGAUUACAGUUUAAAUUUGGUGCUA